AUGAAACACGAAAAAAAAGUAGAAGAAACGAAAUUGACUGAUGCAAUAGCUGAUGUACAAAUAGCAUCAACAUCAUAUUUAAAUUCUAAUAAGAUAAUAUCAGUUAAUUCUGCGACUACCAUAACAACAACUAUCAAAGGCGUAGUGAUGCCGCCGAAGAGUAUAUCGACAUUAAUUGAACGUGGUUCAUUUACAUCAUCUUUCAAUGAUGAUAUAUUUACUUCACAUGAUUUUGAACUCGAUGUUACAAUCAAAAUUCUACAAGACUAA